GGUGUUAAUAGAAAUUGAGCGGGGGCAAAUGUGGAAUUUGAUAAAGCCAAAACAAUAUAUAAACCCCUUCCCCAUCUCCAUUUUUCUCAGCUUGGUUAGAACUAGAAGAGAACUCAAGCUUCAAAAUACACACAAGAAACGUUUCUCAUUUUCUUCCGUCCUAAUUUGCUAUAAUUCCAAUUCCCCCCAAAAGUAUUCUCAUUUUCUAAAUGCAGUCCCUUAAUUCCCCCGCCGGCGUAGACCUCAAUUCCUUAAUCCGGAAGACGGGCACGACCCUGACCCGCGCCUUCGUCGGGCCGGGUUACCGGACUAUCCAGUGCAAAGUCAAUUUCAGCACGAAUCAGACCACCGGCAAAAGCUUCGGGUCGGGCCACACCAGCGGGCCCCGAUACGAGUGGCAGAGCGCGUGCUCAAUACUCGCCGGCAAAGUUGAAUCACAGCAGCAAAAUACCGCCGACGCCGCCGCCGUUGUCAACGGCCACGCCACGAUCGAUCUCGUCCCCGUCGAGGUGCAAUCGACGCCGAUUCGGAAGGCGCUCAGCAUCUCGGAUCUGUCGCCGUCGCCGAUGCACGGCCAGAAGCUCCGCGUCUCGUACCAAGGCGUCCCCGGCGCGUACAGCGAAGCCGCCGCCGGGAAGGCGUACCCUGGCUGCGAAGCGAUCCCCUGCGACCAAUUCGAGGUGGCUUUCCAAACCGUGGAGCUCUGGAUCGCUGAUCGCGCCGUCCUGCCGGUGGAGAACUCCCUCGGCGGCUCGAUCCACCGCAAUUACGACCUCCUCCUCCGCCACCGCCUCCACAUCGUCGGCGAGGUGCAGCUCCCCGUGCACCACUGCCUCCUCACGCUCCCCGGCGUGAGGAAGGAGUACCUCACGCGCGUGAUCAGCCACCCGCAGGCGCUCGCCCAAUGCGAGCACUCGCUCACCAAAUUGGGGCUAAAUGUGAUCCGCGAGGCCGUCGACGACACCGCCGGCGCGGCGGAGUACAUCGCGGCGAACAAACUCCUCGACACGGCGGCGAUCGCGUCGGCGAGGGCGGCGGAGCUCUACGGGAUGCAGAUCCUCGCCGACGGAAUCCAGGACGACCACAGCAACGUCACCAGAUUUGUGAUGCUGGCGCGAGAGCCGAUUAUUCCGCGGAUCGAUCGGCCGUUCAAAACCAGCAUCGUCUUCGCGCACGAGGAGGGGACGAGCGUGCUGUUCAAGGUGCUCUCCGCCUUCGCCUUCCGCGACAUCAGCCUCACGAAGAUCGAGUCGCGGCCACACCGCCACCGCCCGAUCCGCCUCGCCGACGACGCGAACGGCGGCGUGGCGAAGCACUUCGAGUACAUCUUCUACGUCGAUUUCGAGGCGUCAAUGGCUGAUGUGAGGGCGCAGAACGCACUCGCCGAGGUGCAGGAGUUCACCUCCUUCCUCAGAGUGCUCGGAAGCUACCCCGUGGACAUGACGCCGUGGUCGCCGUCGUCCUCCGCCGCCGUGGAAUAGGACUUUCCCGUGCAUUUCUUCUCCUUGUUUAUUUGCUUGUUUAUACUGUUAAUUUUACCAAAAUUACCAACAUACCCUGAGAAAGAAGGCGUUUAGGCUCAAAUUGCAUUUGAGAGGGAAAGGAAAAUAUGGGUGGGUAAAUAUGUAAUUUCGGCCCCUUUAAUUAGUGUUAUUAACUCAAUUUGUGUAAUGUCAAUUACUCAUGUGUCUAAA